AUGAAUUUGCCCUCAAAAUGCCAAGACCGAACUCAAAUUGAGCCCGAUUUGGCCUUGAAAGCCUGCGAAUCCGUCGACGUUUUGAACCUCAUUGCCAACUGCACGAUCAACAAUUCCUACUCGCUUUUCGACAAGCCAUAUCGAAAAGCGAACGCGCAGCCUUCUGCCACGAUCAUGGCUGACACCGAAUACAACGCCGAGGAGGCGGCUGAGCUCAAGAAGAGAAGAGCCUUCCGAAAGUUUUCCUACAGAGGCAUUGAUCUCGAUCAACUCCUCGACAUCCCUUCCAAUGAACUUCUCACAAUCCUUCACGCUCGAGCCCGCCGCCGAUUCAACCGAGGUCUUAAGCGCCGCCCGAUGGGAUUGAUCAAGAAACUGCGCAAGGCCAAGCAAAACGCAAAACCCAACGAGAAGCCCGACCUGGUCAAGACACACCUGCGAGACAUGAUCAUUGUCCCCGAGAUGAUUGGGAGUGUGAUCGGAAUCUACAGCGGCAAGGAGUUCAAUCAGGUGGAAAUCAAGCCUGAGAUGGUCGGCCACUAUCUGGGCGAGUUCUCGAUUUCAUACAAGCCGGUCAAGCACGGUAGACCUGGUAUUGGUGCGACGCACUCUUCGAGAUUUAUCCCGCUGAAGUAG